ACAAGCUGCCGGGCAUCGAGCUCACGCGCGAGGAGCAGCUGCGUCGGGUAGAUGCACUGCGGCGCCAGCUGGUGCGAAAGCGUGAGCUGCUGGUCAAGUACAAAAGUAUGUGCCACUUCGACAUGAAGUAGCAUUUACCAUGACGAGGCUGUUCCUGCGCCAGUUGCUACAACUGCGCCCAGUGGUGUUGGGCAUUACAGUCACCGGCCACCGCUACUGCCACAGAUACAUCAGAGACCACUACUUCGGCUUCUUUCGGGAAAGUGGCGUCUAUCACCGAACUGUAGCGACUACCAAUGCUCAGCUGGGGCCUGCAGCACUGGAGAUGUCUGCUCUCCCAGCCCUUGGUGACGACCAUUUAGUUGGUGCUGUGCUGUCCUGUUGUGCCUCUUCAGCAAAAGGAGUGCAGGCGCAUGCCUUGGAAAGGGAGUGCUGUCGUAGAGUAGGUCACCUCGCACCUGAACUCGCGAUUCGUGUUAUGGACGCCUGGGCGACUGGUUCACCUUAUUGCGGAGGCACCUAUGUACGGCAGCUGUUGCGCACUGUCGACUUAAGGCAACUGCCCCGGCCGCAUCUGGUUCAUUUUCUUUACCUUUUGGCGCUCAAGAAGUGCAGUGUUCCACCAGACUUUGUGAGUGCUGUUGAACAUCGACUGCCAGAGUUUAAGCUGGAAGGAGAUUUCAGAGAACUGGCUGUGCUGUGUAGUAGUCUGUUCAAGUUAAAGAUCAGGGUCUCCAACGAUGCCUUUCUCCACGUCGUGUCUCAGCAUACAGCCCGCGCAUUGGCAUUGCGCGAGGACAGGUUCGACAUUCUAGCCACGUUGAAGUUCUUGCGACUUUGCGAGCAUUACAGUGCCGAUGUUCUCAAGAACCUGGCAAGUUACGUUGCUGAUCACAGCCAGGAACUGGUGGUCACGGAAUGUGCUCACAUGUUGGCUGCCUUCUCCAGCGUCGCUGUGUAUGACAGAGGCACCUUUGAACGUCUCGAGGACAGUGUGGUUUCCUUACUUCGCGCACGUUCGUCAAGCAAACGCGACUCGUCUAGGCUGCACCCUUCCUUACGUCCAAGAGUGAAAGAUGUGGCUAAGGUGCUGUGGGCAUUUGCGGCUGUAAACCACAGCGCCAAGAGCGAGAGUUUGCAAGUGGCAGUCCAGUUUCUUGAGCAGAACUUUACAUCGAACAGAGAUUUAUACCACUUGCUCGACGCCCUGCAGUCGCUUAUUUGUCUCGACUGCUACCCGUGGAGCCUCAUCGACAGAGCAACUUCGCCCAGUGCAGAGCGCGCGGUCUCUUUCGAUGGCAAGAAGAAAACCACUCUGCGGCUGGCGUUCGUCGCAGCAUCCGCACAGUUGAUGAGGGGCACUCCACUAACUGCAAUGUUGCCUAGUAGCAGAGAGCAACCCCCGAGGCGUGAUGGCUUUGGAGACCUAGUGGCUGUGUUUGGGGAACGUCGGCUGCGUGCCAGCUGCCUCUUGCCACACAUCCGCAUCGCCGGCGUGGCUUUUGCCGUGUGUCCACAGUCGCUGCGCGUCAGCCCGGUGCUGGACGUGGCAGACGUAAGGCGUCGGAAGACACCAGCCGGCAACUACGAGUCUCGCAUCGUCAGCGUAGAGCUACUGGACGACAGUGUGUUGGUGCGAAACAGUGGGGGUCGUCUUCGUGGUGUCAUGGCAGUCAAGGUGCGCCAGCUUCGCGCAUUAGGUGUGCUUGUGAUUGCGGUGUCACCAGAGGAGAUCAUGCGUCUCGCUGCACUCCCAGACAGACGGCAGUGGUGGGACACCUUUGUGCGUGCAUGUGCUCUAGAUGAACCUCCCCCUGCAGGAUUUAAAACCAUGCUAGCGAGUGAGCCUGUUUGACGCAGUCAUUGUUGUCUGGCGGUCUUUCAAAUAUUCCUCCACCUCAGGUUAAGAGGGUGGAUGACAGCUAUGCAUAGACAGACCUACAGUCAAACCUUGUAACAAGCACGGAUGCGAGAUCAGAGACAUCCAUCAGGUGGAGGAACAUUAACAAAUACAGGAGCAUGUCUAAGGGACCGCACUUCAACACACACACCUCUGUUCUUUUCAUGAAACUGUUGUGCACCUCCUAUGCAGGCUACCUGUGUCACACCAGCACUUUUGUUCCAAGGUCCGCAAAAUUGGUGCACGUCACCAAGGAAUAAAGCUUGUACCAGUGUCUUCAGACCUUUACUGAUGUACAACAUCCUUCACGCCACGAUACAGAGAAUUCUGGACAGAGCACCAUGGGAAAGGGAAUUGCAUUAACACGCUGCAUCGUAAUUGCAAGAGAUGCCACUUGAAGUCCUUUUGCCAA